AUGGCUUCAAUGGCUGGAUUGCUAGGCUCUUCUCAAGCUGUCAUGGAAGGCAGCCUUCAGCUUAGUGGCUCAGGCCGCUUUACCACAGCUAGCAGCAGCAAGAUUGCUCUGGCCAGACCAAAUUUCAGCAUUAGAGCCCAGCAAGGGUCAGCUGAGCCAGAAACCAGCCGCCGCGCCAUGUUGGGACUUGUUGCAGCUGGGAUUGCUACAGGUUCUUUUGUUCAAGCCGUACUAGCUGAUGCCAAGCCCAUCAAGGUUGGACCACCACCACCCCCCUCCGGUGGACUGCCUGGAACCUUGAACUCUGACGAGCCAAGAGACCUUGACUUGCCCCUGAAGUCGAGGUUUUUCAUCCAACCAUUGUCACCAGAUCAGGCGGCAUUGAGGGCAAAGGAAUCUGCCAAAGACAUUCUCAACGUGAAGGCGCUUAUAGAGAAGAAGGCAUGGCCUUAUGUCCAAAAUGACCUGCGCUCAAAGGCAGAAUACCUCCGUUAUGACCUCAACACUGUGAUUUCCGCUAAGUCAAAAGACGAGAAGAAAGCCCUGAAGGAGCUCACAGGAAAGCUCUUCCAAGACAUUGGCAAUCUGGACUAUGCAGCAAAGAUCAAGAGCAGCUCAAAGGCAGAAAAGUACUAUGCUGAAACUGUUUCCACUCUGAAUAAUGUUCUUGCCAAGCUUGGUUAG